ACGAUGGACCAAUUGUAUCGCUAGCACGAGCUCUUAGAGGAAAGUACUCGGUGGCGUAGAGGGGCACUCGGUACACACGGAUGUCUCACUCGGCAAGGACGAUGCCACGCACCGUACUAUUACUGUGUUUCGCUCUGAUCAAUGGCGUUGCCUGUAAAAAGACCACGGCCGGAGACGUCAGUGAAGCCCUUGAAGCUAAUUUGGCCCAAGGACACGCAACUUUAAACGACAUGUUCAGGGAGGUGGAGAAGCUGAUGGAGGAUACGCAACACAAACUGGAGGAGGCGGUACACAAGAUGGACAACGAGAGCGCCAGAUCGAUUUUGUAUGCGCGUGACCCUCCUUUGAAUUAUCGUGAUGAAAGCAGGACUGUGCGUAAGCUUGGAAACCAAUCUGUCUUCACCGUGGAGAAAAUUGACAAGGUAACAGACAACAAAACAGGGGCGACCCACUUCUCCAGAACCCUGAUCCGGUCCAGUGGGCGAGGGAAUGAGGUUGAUUAUGCCUGCAUCAUCGACGAGGACUGCGAAAAGGGCAGCUACUGCCUCUACGAAAUGCUGCGCUCCCAGUGCCUGCCGUGCAAGGCCAUCCACGCGCCCUGCAUGAAGGAUGAAGAGUGCUGUGCAGGGCAACUGUGUGUGUGGGGGCAGUGCAGAGAGAAUGCCACCAAGGGUGAGGCAGGCAGCAUCUGUCAAUACCAGAGUGACUGCAGCACUGAGCUCUGCUGUGCCUUCCACAAAGCCCUGCUGUUCCCCGUGUGCACCCCAAAACCCACCGAGCGGGAGCACUGUCACAUCCACCCCAACCACCUGAUGGAGCUGCUGUCCUGGGACAUAGAGGGGGAGGGGCCUCGAGAGCACUGCCCGUGUGCCAGGGGGCUGCAGUGCCAACCCCACGGACGAGGUUCCUUGUGUUGGAGAUCCUAGGAUGCCACCAGCGAAGGCCUGAUCACUAUACUCUUUCUGGACAUGGACUAUGUUGUCUAAACCUCAUUCAGAGGCGUUUCAACAGUUAAACAUGAAGCAAUGGACAAUCUGCCCGAGUCAUCUGCAGAGAUCCUGGCCAUUGAAAUGUAACUCAUAUGCACUAUUUAAUGAUCCAUUUUCUUUAGAUUCAUGUGUAAAGUUUAUGAUGUACCACUUGUAAAAAUAAAAGUC